CGGAAGUGGGGUCGGAGGCGGGACUUGGUGAGUGCCGCUUCUGCCGCGGGAGGAGACUGGUUCAGGACAGAGGACUAAGCGCAUGGACUGGAAAUCGGAAGGGAGUGCUCAGAAAACAGAGUCACGGGUGCCGCAGGAGCACGAAAUUGCCCUCGACAGCCCAGGUGAAGAUGGCGUCUCUGAGAGCUUCCAGCUUUUACAGAUUGACGUGGGAUGUGAGCAUUGGGAGCAAGAGGCCCUGCCCACAGGCAGUGCGGCUUGGUGCUCGAAAAAUGUCCAAAGAAAGCAGAGACACUGGGAAAAGAUAGUUGCGGCAAAGAAGAGUAAAAGAAAACAAGAAAAAGAAAGAAGAAAAGCCAACCGUGUAGAAAAUUCAGGCAUCUGCCCCCAGCACAGCAAACGUUUCCUGAGAUCCCUAAUCAAGGAAAGACUUUUGGAAGCCAAGCACUCAGGCCCAAGACUCUGUAUCGAUUUGAGUAUGACCAACCACAUGUCUAAGAAGGAGUUAAGUAGACUGGCUGGACAGAUCCGAAGGUUGUACGGCUCCAAUAAAAAAGCUGACAGGCCAUUUUGGAUCUGCCUCACUGGCUUCACCACAGACAGCCCUCUGUAUGAAGAGUGUUUGAGGAUGAAUGAUGGAUUUUCCAGUUAUCUGCUAGACAUAACAGAAGAAGACUGCUUUAGUUUAUUUCCUCUGGAAACCCUUGUGUACCUGACUCCUGACUCAGAACAUGCUCUUGCAAAUGUUGAUCUAGACACAGUUUACAUCCUUGGUGGACUUGUGGAUGAAAGCAUUCAGAAGUUCUGCAGGGAUUACUCUGAUCUUGACCAAGGAGCUUUUUUUUUUAAAAUGGUUGGCUGUACUGGAUCUUAAUUAUGGCGCAUGAGAUCUUUAGUUGUGACAUGUGAGAUCUGGUUCCCUGACCAGGGCUCACACCCAGGCCCCCUGCACUGGGAGCCAGGAGUCUGAACCACUGGACUGCCAGGGAAGUUCCUACCAGGGAGGAUGUCAGCAUUCUUACAGCUAUUUGUUCUUUGUUGAAAGAGUAGUUUGUUCCUUCUUAGGUCAUCUUCCCUGUUGACAGAUGUCUUACCCAUAAUCUCAACCGCAGUAGAAUUGUCCAGGUUUCUUUUGUUGAAUUUGAAUUUUAUGAGAAUAAUUGGAGUUUUGAAAUGCACUUCUAUUAUACAGGUAUUUGUUGAGAUAAUUUUUUAUGCUUAAUAAUUAGGAUAUUCUGUAGAUGUAAAUGAUGAUAUAAUGGUUAAAAUGUAUAAACAGGAGCACAGUGAAAAAUAAGUCUAUCUCUCAUCUCUGUCUCCCAGUGUCUGCGUGUGAGGCAGCCAAGGUUUUCUUGUGUAUCUCUUGAUAUAUUCUGUGACCACACAAGUAUGUGUUUAUGGGUUUUGGGGCAUAUUAAAUGAAUAUAUUUUUUCAUAUAUGAGAGUGUAUUUUUUCAUAUGUAUGUGAGAUACAUACACAUAUUUAACACAAAGGAUAUUUAACUGUAUUGCAUUUAUUCUAAAAAAGUCAAGUGUUCCAUGACUCCAUAGUGAUAGUCUUAAAAUAUGGGCAGGAGGUAGGGGUAGGGAAGGGCUGUAAAGAAGUCAGCUAAUAAAUGAGAAACGAAUAACAGAAUUGAAAAAUCAUCAUUUUGUCACUCCCAGUGUAAUCACUGAUUCAGGGGAUUGACUGAAAGAAAGGUGGUGAGGGAACUAACUAUUCGUGUGGUCUCAAAGUACCAGCCCACAGAUUAGAAAGGCAAAAGUGUACCCUUACAAUGAAGUGAUCUGGAGUUCACCAUCCGAACAAAUGAUCAAACAGAAUCACCAGUGGUGACAUGUACCUCCUUAUGUUGGAAUCUCACCUGUGAUGUAUUCUUAGAAACUGUUUAAACUGAAUUUAAUCAUCAACAGACCUAGGAUGUGAGCCAUUCUGUAAGACAGCUGGACCAGACUUUGAAAGAAGUCAGUGUAAUGAAAACUGAUAUGGCCACGGGGGCUAUUUUAGAUUAAAAAGACAUAACAGCCAAAUGCAGUCUCCCACAGCAGAGUGACAGCCCCUUUUUGAAGCAGACAGUUCUAGAGGGCCAGUGAGCAGUGUGUAAUACAUAGAUGCACAAAUGUAACACAUGGUCCUCUUUAUUUUCCACCAACAUUUAACCUGAAAAAUAGCUGGCACAAAGAUUUGUCAAAGGUAUAGAACUUUUUGGUUGCUACUUAAGAGUUUGGCUUCUUCACUACUGCUGCUGCUAAGUCACUUCAGUUGUGUCUGACUCUGUGUGACCCCAUAGACGGCAGCCCACCAGGCUCUUCUGUCCCUGGGAUUCUCCAGGCAAGAAUACUGGAGUGGGUUGCCAUUUCCUUCUCCAAUGCAUGCGUGCAUGCUAAGUCACUUCAGUCGUGUCCAACUCUGCGACCCUAUGGACAGCAGCCCACCAGGCUCCUCCGUCCACAGGAUUCUCUAGGCAGGAAUACUGGAGUGGGUUGCAUUUCCUUCACAGAAAUAUGCUAAGAACAACAUUUAUUCAAGGGGAAUCAUUUUAUCUUUAAAUGUGCAGAGAACAGAAACUAAACUGUAAACUCCUUCAGGGCAGCAUCCAAGUCUCCUACUAUGUACUCUAGUUCAAAGUGAUUAUAAAAUAAUGGAGUAGACUUUAACAACCAUAGCUUAUAUAUGCAAGAGGUUGUUAACUUUCAAAGAAGUCCUUUGAGUAGCUGUACCUUUAUUCAAUCUGAAUUGCAUCACUUAAAACAUUUUUGGAAGGUCUUUCUUGGAAUCAUGUUUCAUGUGAGUCUGAGACGCUAGUAGUCCAGUGUCAGAAGAAGGAAGGUGCUAGGCCUGCUCUAUGCUGUUCCAGUUCUUUAGACCACAUUCACAGUGGUCAGUCAAUAUGGGAUGGUAAAUGAAAAGACAUUGACAAGCUAGAACAAGUUCAGAAGAGGUUGACCUGAAUAAUGAAGGGACUCAAAACUAAAUCAUGGUCAAGGAAAAGUUGACAGAAUUGAGACUGUCAGCCUGGAGAUGAGAGGAUCCAUAGGGCAUGAUCCCUGCCUUUAAGUAGCUGCAUGGUCAUCCUGUGGAAGGGCCAUUUCACUUGCCUGGUAUGGCUCUGGAGGAAAAGAACUAGAACAAAUGACCACAAGUCUCAGAGGAAAUAGAAAAUGUGCCUUGAUAUCAAGAUUCCCUAUUAACUGCUACUGUCAGAAUUGGAAUGGGUUACCCCAGGACGCAUGAACUCCCUGUCCCAAGGGUUGUCCAUUUAAAGCCAGAGGCCACCAGGCAAUGAGGUCAUAGAGGACAGACAAACAUUGAAUGGGUGGUUGAAGUGGAAUAGUUGACUGUCGAGGUCCCUUUCAAACCUGAGUAUGCUGAUUUUCUCAGUAAUAUAAAACUUUAAUCCUGAGAUUCCAAAUGCAUAGAUGACUUUCCUAGAUCUUCUUAAAAGGUAGUGAGUAUAAUUUAAGCUUCAGUCCGUGACUCAGGGACAUCCCUUAAGGGACAUUAAUGACUGUACUCUGCUGCUAAAUGGCCUCAGUACUCUGAAGGUAAAUGACCUUGGACUGUUGGAUUUUUUGAGCUCUGUCUCCUCUUUGUAGUUUUCAUGGCCUUGCCUUUUCAUUGGGCUGUAUGUCCUCGUGCCUUAAUGCUGUCUGGUUACUAGGUGCACUUAACUCGAAUCCCGUCUCCUCAGCUCUGAUUUGCCGCGACCAGCUGGCGAUGGCUGAGAGCCCGAUAGCCGGAACUGGAGCGCACCGAGCUCGGGCAGCCGUGUUCUCUGGCUGACUGGACUGCUGGGGUUUGUGGGUGCAGGGUGUAGCUGCAGAUGGGCCUCCUUUUCCUUCCUUCCUUCUUGGUUGUAUUGAUAAGUAGCAGCAAGUAGAAGCUAGCAGAUUAAGAGGCUUCCAAAUAAGUGAGUUAUUGCUGCAUAAGCCAUUUCUUACUUGCCAGAAAUAAAUACUCUUCAUUAUCUGCAGUUUCUUCCUAUUUUUUAAAUACACUUAUCAUCUAAUUUUGAUUACAGAUGUAAAUGGUAAAUGAGGAUUCUGACAGUUUGCUCUACUGCAUAUGACAUUGAGAAUAACUUCAUGUAUUAUUUUUAUAAGAAA